AUGUCAAUACUACCGCCAACAGUUGAGGCUUCAUUAGAUUCCAUACACACAAAAACUUACUAUUCUAAGGUACCAGAUGAAAUAGCUAAUGGUAGUGAUAUCAAGGUAAUACUUGGUGUUGAUGAAGCAGGUCGUGGUCCUGUAAUGGGUCCGAUGGUGUAUGGUAUUAGUUAUUGUACACAGAGAUAUCAAGAUGAAGUAUUAAUUCCAAAUUAUGAAUUUGAUGAUUCAAAAAAAUUAACAGAUGUGGUACGCCGUAAAUUAUUUGCCAAAAUGUAUGAACCUAUAACAGAAGGCAGUGACCAAGUUGAAAUAGAUGGAGUUGGUUAUGCCACUACAGCAAUCACUCCUGUAGACAUUUCUAGUGGUAUGUUAAGAUUUCCUCCAUCUAAAAAUUAUAAUUUAAAUGAACAAGCGCAUGAUGUUACAAUGGCUCUUAUUGAAGGGGUUGUGCAGAGAGGUGUUGUUCUCGAUCAUGUUUACGUCGACACAGUUGGUCCACCAAAUAGUUAUCAAAAGAAAUUAGAAGAAAGAUUUCCGUCAAUCAAAUUUACAGUUGCCAAAAAAGCAGACUCAUUAUAUUGUGUAGUUAGUGUUGCUAGUGUUGUCGCAAAAGUCAGUAGAGAUAUAUUGAUUGAAAAAUUAAAGAGAUCAUCAGAUGAAAAGACUGGUUCUGGUUAUCCAUCAGACCCAAAUACAGUUGCCUGGUUACGUGACAAUCAAAGGCCACUAUUUGGUUGGCCAAACAGUAUGGUGCGUUUCUCUUGGCAAACGUGUAAAACAUUAUUAGUUGAAGACAAGUAUAAAGUGGGGAGCAUUCCAAUCGAAUGGGAGGAAGAUUAUAUUGUUUCAAAGAAGAAUAUGUCACAACAAUGGACACCAGCCACUGCUAAUGAUAUAAUUACCUUGGAUAAUUGGUAUAAUUAA